GGAUUUUAAUUAAAGUUCUUAAUUUCCCUUUUAAAUUUCGCGUAUUCAUACUUUAGAUUGUAUCUGACUUGCUGCUUUUCAUUGCAGGUUUCCGAUGCCUCCACGCCGAUCUCGACUUCCUAGGAGUCGAUCCCAUUCGCAGCCUAGCGAGGGAGAAGUUCCCACAGCAUCCUCCCCUCCAGCAGCUUCCUUUUUUGGGGUCGAGUUCCCCGCGGGCAGCCUUCCUCCUUAUGCUAAUACCGGUUGUAGCCGGGAGGUCUUCUCUUCAGCUUCCAUUAGGCAGGCCGUUAGUCCACUCCCUCAGUUUGACAGAGAUCGCUCCGACGAAUCCUGUCGCUUGAUACGGGAUGGAGGGCGUCAUUGCUUACGCCAGCUGAUUACGGACGCCUCCUUCACUGCAGAUUCUACUUCCACUCAGGCUUUAAAGAAGCCCGGAUUCCUGUUCGGGGAUCACACGGAGGAUCCUGCUACGUUGAUUCUUACCGAGGAGCAUUGGCUGAAUCUUCAUGAGGGAGCUCUCCUGUAUAUUCCCUCCAUUCCUCGUCAAUAUUCUUUCACCCAUUUGGAGGGACAGGUCGUGGAGCGACAGAUGUCUUGGCAUCUUACCUAUGAUGCUGAGCGAGUUCAGUGUGGAUAUACCUCUCAUCAUAAGAUUCCUGGUUCUACUGGGUAUCAUGACAUCCGCGGUCUUCGACCAGGGAUUAUGGGUCUUGACACUGCACCCCCAGGCGAGGUAUCAGCAGUUGCUCCUACUGUGAAGAAUCUUCUGGGUCAUCUUGGGAGAAGGUUACCUCCACCAGAUUACAGAUGCUAUGGUUGAGCUUUCUCACAAGCCAAGGGAUGGUGGACACGUAUGACCAGUUACGUCUUGGGGCGCUGGGAGAAGGAUUUGAAGAGCAGCAGAUUGUAUGCACCUAUACGGGCCACCAUGUACGGAC